AUGUCCGAUUAUGGAUGGGGACAUUCAGGAGUUAAAUAUCGCAAUCAUACGAUUACUUCACUCAAACCUAACCGGUUAUACGAAUUUGGACUAAAUUUGAUAUAUGAAAACAGUACAUUUGAUCGAUUCCCAAAGAUUGGAUCAAAAGAUAUAUGCGCUUGUAAAACGUACCCUGACGUUCCUGAUGCCCCAUUGGAUCUACGAUAUCACUAUAUGCAAGGUAAUCAAUACACUCUCGAAUGGACACCGAAUGAUGAUAAUGGAGAACCGAUUAUUACAUACAAUAUGAAGUCUAUGCCAAUUGUCUCAAGUAAUUCAGAACAACCAAAAUGGGAUUCAAUCACACCACAUAAUUUAACAGAUAAACAAGCUAAUAUCACAUUGGAUACGAAUCACCAAAGUGCAUUUCAGUUGAGAGCUGUCAAUAAGAUUGGAAUGAGUGAUCCAGCUUACUUGAUCAUAAGACCACCAUUUCAAAAAGUUCCAGAUAAGUCUAUAUUUUAUUUAGCUAAUAUUUUUUUAAUGUCAGUAUUUUGGCUUCAAUUUUCAAAGUACAUUGAAUUCAAUUCUAGCAAUUCAUUUAGUAAAAAGUUUAGUAGCAAAUCUAAACAGAAGGCAAUGCGUAUUUUUAAACCAUAA